ACGAAUUUUUAGAGCGUUGAAGAGUAGGGCUGUACCGUCGAUUUGCAGAAAUGAGGCCUCCUCCAUUUCUGUUCUGUUCAUUUGUCACUUUCGUCCUUGUCGUGACGACUGCUUCAGCCCGUCGAGGUUCGCCACAUCGACAGUAUUCUACUCAAAUUAAGGCAUGUGUUGGGCCCGACACAUUCGCGUGUAAUGAUGGUCGAUGUAUCCCGAAAUCGUGGCAGUGCGAUGGAGACAUAGAUUGCAAAGGUGAAGAAGAUGAAAAGAACUGCACUACUACGUGUGGACCGGAAGAAUUCCAUUGCUCCAAGAAUCAGCCAGAACCAGCUUUCAAAUCUACCCACCAGACCUGCAUACCGAAGAAAUGGGUUUGUGAUGGAGAGUUUGAUUGUGAGGAUAGAAGCGACGAAAAGAAUUGCCCUGAGGUGACAUGUACGGAGAACCAGUUCACUUGCUCUGAAUUCGAUGGCCAGUUCAAACUUUGUAUCCCCAAGUCUUGGCAGUGUGAUGGCCAGAAAGACUGUGCGUCUGGUGCGGAUGAGGAGAACUGCGAAAAGCGCAAGUGUGAAGAGUCCGAUUUCCAAUGUGCAAAUGGCAUCUGCAUCUUCAAAAACUGGCAAUGUGACGGAGAAGACGAUUGUGGAGAUCAGUCGGAUGAAAAGAACUGUAAUCAAACAGCGCAGCAAAUAUGCGACUCCAGGCACAUGUUUAAGUGCCUCACUAGCGAUGGUUGCAUAUCCAAAGAUUGGGUAUGUGACGGCGAAGCCGACUGCUUCGACCAUUCAGACGAACGAAACUGUUCGCAAACACCACAUGCAUGCGCACAUCCCGACACGGAGUUCCCAUGUGCCUCAGGACGUUACUGCAUCAACAAACUGUGGUACUGCGACGGCGAAGAGGACUGUCCGGACGGCAGUGAUGAGCGAAACUGUGAUUCCGCAAGAGAAUGUGUCAAAGGAGAACGAAAAUGUCCCAGCAGUAACCUCUGUAUCUCUGAAAGCCAAUGGUGUAACGGAGUGGAGGAUUGCCCAGAUGGAGCUGAUGAGCAACAUUGUCCAACACCUACAAAUGGAACAGUGGAAGCAUGCGAUCCCGUUACACAGUACACAUGCCCUACGAACCCUCCUGUAUGUGUCAGAUAUAAGGAUCUUUGUGUGAAGCGUGGCCAUAAUGAUUGUGGAGAUGACAUCACAUGCGCAAAGAAUACAACGCUUUGCGCGGAAAAGAGCGAUUACUGCGAUUGUCACAAGUCCUAUGCGAAUAAUGCCCACAUAUGUCAUUGUAGAGCUGGAUUCCGAGUGGUCAACGGAAAGUGUGAAGAUAUCAAUGAAUGUGAACAGCCUGGUAUAUGCGACCACAUCUGCGAAAACACUCCUGGCAGUUACGUAUGCCGAUGUCAUCACAACUAUAAGCUUAGCAGAAGUCACAAUUCUUCUGUUCCCAAUAGAUGCCGAGCGAUGGGUGGCGAUCCGCUUCUUUUGCUUAGCAACAGGGCAACUAUACGUCAGUUUGAUCUGGUCACAAAUGUACAUAUCCCACUUAUUCAAAGCCCAGGAUCUGCUGUUGCCAUGGAUUUCCAUCACGACAAUGGGACCUUGGUAUGGUCAGACAUUGCGCUACAGAAGAUCCUGAUGUGUAAGAUUGGUAACGAUUCUGUUCAUCAUCACUUGGCAGUCAGGGAGAAGUGUGCCGAAGGCGAGCAGAGCGUUCUUAUCGAUUCGGAUGUGCACACCCCUGAUGGCUUGGCUGUGGACUGGAUUCACAACCUGCUCUUUUGGACAGAUGGUGGCUUAGACCAGGUUAAUGUAAUGGAUCUGAAAACUCGCCGCAAACGCACUUUGUUCCAUGAUGGUCUAGAGGAACCUCGUGCAAUUGCAGUGGAUCCUGAAAUGGGUCUGAUCUUCUGGACAGAUUGGGGCAAGGAAGCUCGUAUUGAGCGUGCUGGCAUGGACGGACAGCACAGAACGGUCAUCGUGAAAGGCGAACGCGUUAAAUGGCCCAAUGGUCUUGCUCUCGACUACAUUGACAAACGUGUGUACUGGGCGGACGCAAAAGUGAAAUCUAUCUUCUCUUGUGAUUAUUGGGGACAUGACGUGAAGAUCAUCCUACAUUCGCAUCAGUAUUUGCGACAUCCGUUUUCUAUUGCUGUAUUUGAAGAUCGCAUCUAUUAUACUGAUUGGGAACACGACGGUGUCAUAACCAUCAAUAAGUUUACUGGAGGAGAAAUGCGAACCGUUAUGCAGAAAGUGUCAACUCCAAUGACUGUGAGGAUCUAUCAUAAGUUGGCACAGCCACAUAUGGAGAACAAGUGUCGUGAUUCUGGUUGCGAUCAAAUGUGCCUGCCACGAGCUGUCUAUCGUAAAACGGAACGAUCUCUUGAAACUGCUUGGCACGAUCGCCCAUAUGCUUGCAUGUGUGAAGGUAACACUCCCGCGGAUCUCAUUGAAUGUGCUGUGGACAUCGCUACUGGUGGUAGUGGAAGAGGCUUCUCACUCAGCACCAUGCUGUUCUUCUUGAUGCUGUCUAUAUUCGGCGUUAUGGCUGUUGUGUACUACCGCAAACGUAAUUCUUCUGGUGCAUUCACAGCGCUCAACUUCGAUAAUCCAAUUUACCGACGAACGACAGAGCCUGAUAUGGACGAUCCAUUCCGCGACCCUUUCGGUGAUGGUAAUGCAUCGCGUGGUGGGAACGCUCGACUUGUGAUGGCUGACCCAGAAGACAAUGUCCACAAUUCAAUGAUCGAGCCAAUGGAUCGUCCUUUGACCACGUGAGCCUUUUCUUACGGAAAAGACGGCUUGCUGGUGGGCAGCGACUGAACUACCUGGUUGUCGUUUUGUAUCCUAACGUUCUCACACGAUUUUGUUUGAACUUCUAUUCUGUCUAACCUUUCAUCAUGUUGUGUUUCAUCGUUGUAAUAUCAUUUCAUUUUGGUACGGUUAUAUGUUUGACGCGCUUGGCGCGUUUGCUAUGCGUUUGUGCUGCUUGAAAUUCGCUAGAGAGCUUUGGCGAACGGGGUGUUCUUCGAGUGUGUCUGCGUAUACGUUGUAAAUUGUCGAGUAUUGCAAUGUCUCUCGUUCUCCUGUGAUAGUAUGUCGCGGUUCGUCCCGCACCGCUCUGCGGUUGGUCAGCUUCGUCAUCACGCUGUGCGAUGCGGGUACUCACUUUUAUUCACUAUCCUACCCCAGUUUGUUCUGUUCACCAAGGCCUUCGUAUUAGAUUCGCCGAGACAAUUGUCUAUCUAUCGGGGAUGCAGGUAUCUUUUUGGUGACGUUUGUAAAAAAAUAUGCGUUCACCAUGGUACUUGUGUCUCAGUACCCUUUUCUUUACUAUGGUUCCAGUCAUCUUUUUGACAGUGUUCUUCGAGUAAGCUCUUCCUUUGAGAUGAAGAACGGCCACUUUAUGUUUCCAUAUUCAUAUUUGGAAUUUGUUAGUCGAGCUUCUAGAAGUUAGUUCAAUUGCUCACAAAAAGUGCAUGUUCCUUGUAGUUUUCUUGUACAGUUAAACCUGUAAUAAAACUUCUUUCCCACUC